AUGGGCCCCGACGUGGGGACAGUGAGCCCCACUGUGCUGUGGGACCCUCAGGCUGCUCGGAUCAGGGACCUGCAGACACACUUCCAUGUGACUCGGGGCGGCUGUUCCGCGCUGACCCCUGGCGCAUGCCCGUCCCGCAGUGGCACCGCUGUUUGCUUUGGGAGCCUCUGGAGGCCCACGGGCACCGUGCGCCUGGCCGACGCCCUCCUCUGGGUCGGAGGGAGUGUGGCCCUGUCUCCGCGGUGGCAGCCUGGCCCAGUAGUGGAGAGAUGCAUGAGCGCCAUGCAGGCGGGCACGCAGAUGGUGAAACUGCGGGGCAGCUCCAGGGGCCUGGUGCGCUUCUACUUCCUGGACGAGCACCGGUCCUGCAUCCGCUGGCGGCCCUCCCGCAAGAACGAGAAGGCCAAGAUCUCCAUCGACUCCAUCCAGGAGGUGAGUGAGGGCCGGCGGUCGGAGAUUUUCCAGCGCUACCCAGACGGCAGCUUCGACCCCAACUGCUGCUUCAGCAUCUACCACGGCAGCCACCGCCAGUCGCUGGACCUGGUCUCGCCCAGUGGGGACGAGGCGCGCACCUGGGUCACCGGCCUGCGCUACCUCAUGGCCGGCAUCAGUGACGAGGACAGCUUGGCCCGCCGCCAGCGCACCAGGGACCAGUGGCUGAAGCAGACGUUCGACGAGGCCGACAAGAACGGGGACGGCAGCCUGAGCGUCGGCGAGGUCCUGCAGCUGCUGCACAGGCUCAACGUGAACCUGCCCCGGCAGGAGGUGAAGCGGAUGUUCAAGGAGGCGGACACGGAUGACCACCAAGGCACUCUGGGCUUUGAGGAGUUCUGUGCCUUCUACAAGAUGAUGUCCACCCGCCGGGACCUCUACCUGCUCAUGCUGACUUACAGCGACCACAAGGACCACCUGGACGCCGCCGACCUCCAGCGCUUCCUGGAAGUGGAACAGAAGAUGACGGGCGUGACACUGGAGAGCUGCCAGGACAUCAUCGAACAGUUUGAGCCGUGCCCCGAAAACAAGAGCAAGCGGGUGCUGGGCAUUGACGGCUUCACGAACUACACACGGAGCCCGGCCGGCGACAUCUUCAACCCCGAGCACCACGGUGUGCACCAGGACAUGGCCCGGCCACUGAGCCACUACUUCAUCGCCUCGUCCCACAACACCUACCUCGCGGGCGACCAGCUCAUGUCCCAGUCGCGGGUGGACAUGUACGCUUGGGUGCUGCAGGCUGGCUGCCGCUGCGUGGAGGUGGACUGCUGGGAUGGGCCCGACGGGGAGCCCAUCGUGCACCACGGCUACACCCUGACCUCCAAGAUUCUGUUCCGAGAUGUCAUCGAGACCAUCAACAAAUACGCCUUCGUCAAGAACGAGUACCCGGUGAUCCUGUCCAUCGAGAACCACUGCAGUGUCGUCCAGCAGAAGAAGAUGGCGCAGUACCUGACGGACAUCCUGGGAGACAAGCUGGACUUGUCGUCGGUCAGCAGCGAGGACGCCACCAUGCUGCCCUCCCCGCAGAUGCUCAGGGGCAAGAUUCUGGUGAAGGGCAAGAAGCUGCCCGCCACCAUCAGCGAGGACGCCGAGGAGGGCGAGGUGUCCGACGAGGACAGCGCGGACGAGAUGGACGAGGAAUGCAAGCUCUUCAACGGGGAUGUCUCCACCAGUCGGAAGCGCGUGGAAAACAUCGCCAAGAGGAAACUGGAUUCCCUGAUCAAGGAGUCAAAGAUUCGGGACUGUGAGGACCUGCAUGACUUCACUGUGUCCCCGCCGCCCCCGCCUGGGAAGCCUGGGCACAAGGCGGAGGGCAAAAAGGCCGAGGAGGACAUGGAGUCUGGGGAGGACCCUGGAGCCAGCAGACGGGACGGCCGGUUUCUCAUGAACAGUUUCUCCAAGCGCAAGAAAAAAAGCAGCAAACUAAAGAAGGCGGCCAGCGUGGAGGAGGCAGACGGGGACCCGGAUGCGCAGAGUGGCCAGAGCCGAGGGGCGACCAGGCAGAAAAAGACCAUGCAGCUGUCCCGGGCCCUGUCCGACCUGGUGAAGUACACGAAGUCCGUGGGCACCCACGACGUGGACACGGAGGUGGCGUCCAGCUGGCAGGUGUCGUCCUUCAGCGAGACGAAGGCCCAGCAGACCCUGCAGCAGAAGCCAGCACAGUACCUGCGGUUCAACCAGCACCAGCUGUCCCGCAUCUACCCCUCCUCCUACCGCGUGGACUCCAGCAACUACAACCCGCAGCCCUUCUGGAACGCCGGCUGCCAGAUGGUCGCCCUGAACUACCAGUCGGAGGGGCGGAUGCUGCAGCUGAACCGAGCCAAGUUCAGCGCCAAUGGCAACUGUGGCUACGUGCUCAAGCCCCCGUGCAUGUGCCAGGGCUUCUUCAACCCCAACUCCGAAGACCCCCUGCCCGGGCAGCUCAAGAAGCAGCUGGUGCUUCGGAUCAUCAGCGGGCAGCAGCUCCCCAAGCCACGCGACUCGAUGCUGGGGGACCGUGGGGAGAUCAUCGACCCCUUCGUGGAGGUGGAGGUCAUCGGACUCCCCGUGGACUGCAGCAAGGAGCAGACGCGCGUGGUGGAUGACAACGGAUUUAACCCCAUGUGGGAGGAGACCCUGGUGUUCAUGGUGCACAUGCCCGAAAUCGCGCUGGUGCGCUUCCUCGUCUGGGACCACGACCCCAUCGGGCGCGACUUCAUCGGCCAGAGGACACUGGCCUUCAGCAGCAUGAUGCCAGGCUAUCGGCACGUGUACCUGGAGGGGAUGGAAGAAGCCUCCAUCUUUGUCCACGUGGCCAUCAGUGACGUCAGUGGUAAGGUCAAGCAGGCUCUGGGCCUAAAAGGCCUGUUCCUCCGAGGCCCCAAGCCUGGCUCCCUGGACAGUCAUGCUGCUGGGCAGCCCCCUCCCCGGCCCUCUGUUAGCCAACGGCUCCUGAGGCGCACGGCCAGCGCCCCAACCAAGAGCCAGAAGUCAGGCCAAAAGGCCUUCCCGGAGCUGGUCCUGGGCACGCAGGACGCAGGCUCCAAGGGGGAGGCCCUAGACGUGGCGCCCCCCAGCCCCGGCCCGGCUCUGGAGGCCCUGGCUCGGGAGGAGCCCGGAGGCCACAGCCCCCGAGACACCCGCUCCUUCUCCAUUCAGAGGUCGGUCUCCUCCCUGUGCAGCCUGGAGACCAUUGCUGAGGAGCCAGCCCUGGGCCCCGGCCCCCCACUUCUGCGGGCCACCCCGCCCAGCCCCUCCCCGGGAGGGCCCUGGUGCUCCCCAGGACCCGGAGCCAAAGCUGAGAGCCUCCCAGGUGUGGCUCUGGGAGCCUCAGUGCCCCCCCGGCUCAGGCCCGGGAGCCAGGGGGACGCGGGGCCGGCCCCCCACAGGAGGCAGCAGGCGUGCGACGGGGGAGGCCCCAGCCGGGCGUGUGCGGGGGUCUCCAGCAGCCAGACAGACAGCAGAGGCCACCCCCGGGCCCUGGGCCAUCUGCCCUUGGUUAGAAGAGCCAAAAGUGAGGGGCAGGUGCCCUCGGAGCUCCUGGGUGGACGGCGGUCCCUGGCCGGGCCCUUGCCUGCCACGAGCUCGGACGCCACGGGUGGAGACCGCCUUUGGCAGCGGCUGGAGCCAGGCGGCCCCGGAGACAGCGUGUCCUCGUCCUCCAGUCUGUCGUCCAGUGACACAGUCAUUGACCUCUUGCUGCCCGGUCUGGGCCUGGGCCUGGGUCGAGAGAGCCUCUCGGGGGCCCCUGCUGGACGCCUGCCCCUGAGGCCCUGCUUGGCCUCCGCAGCCUGCCCGGACUUCCUCUCGGCGACCAAGAGCAAAUCCAACCCCAACCUGUGGGCCGCAGGCCAGUUCCCUGCGGCCGCCGAUGAGCUUCGGUCCCGGGCCCUGGCCCCUCGGCCACCCUGGGGUUGCCUCCCCCUGGCAGACCUCCGGGACUGUCCCGUGUCCACCAAGUCCAAGAGCCUGGGGGACCUGACGGCCGAUGACUUUGCUCCCCGUGUCGAGGGCCUGGGUGGAAGGCUGGGCCGCAGUCUGGGCCCAGCUGGGGAGGGGCCAGCGGGGCGGGUGGCGCGGCGGGACCCCCUGACGGAGCAGCUGCGCUGGCUCACGGGGUUCCAGCAGGCGGGGGACAUCAGCUCGCCCACCAGCCUGGGCCCGGCAGGGCUGGGGGCCGCCGGGGGCUCCGGCUUCCUGCGGAGGUCCUCCCGCAGCCAGAGCCGCGUGCGCGCCAUCGCCAGCCGGGCCCGCCAGGCCCAGGAGCGUCAACAGCGGCUGCAGGGCCCGCGGGGACUCCCUGAGGAGGAGAGGGGCACCCCCGAGGGCGCCUGCUCCGUGGGCCCAGAGGACUUUGGGGAUGUGCCGGCCCCCAAGAGCGCCACCAGCCUCCUGCUCAGACUCUGACCCAGUGGCCAACGUGGGUUUGGCUGCCCUCUUGUGGCCAGUGGGGGCAGGGUCGUGUUUGCCCAGGACAGGAGUGCUGGUGCCCGGAGCCUCUGCCCCUUGGGGCCCUCUGUGCCCCCUGCCUCUUCUGGGGAGGAAAGAAGCCCCCCCUCCCGGGAAAAAUUUUCACAACGUUUUAAGAUAUAUACAUAGAGAGAUAUUUAAAUUUUUAGACGAAUCUUCUACAUUAAAAUGGUGCCGAGUCCUUCCCCAGUCUCCCUGGUUUUUAGCUGCGUGGGUGCCUGUGCCCAGCCCCGCUGCGGGUGCCCCGAGCUGCCCCCCCUGCGCUUGGCUUCGUCUGCAUGAACCCCUCUGUAUGGACGUUUUAGACUCUGUAAAUCCCGAACACGACUCCAAUAAACACUUUCAUGCUU